AUGUGCUUCCAUUGUGGAGAUAUAAGAUUUAGAAAGCUAAGAGAAGGGGCUACAACUAUUGUAUCGUGGGAAAUUUCUCCCAAAAAGGAAGGUACAUGCCCUAAAAGGACCACAAAGUGUCCGCUUUUUGAGACUACAAAAUGUCCGCUUUUUGAGACUACAAAAUGUCUGCUUUUUCAGACUACAAUGUCUCAAAAAGCGGACACUAUUACUUUUUCUUGUCCGCUUUUUGAGACUACAAAAUGUCCGCUUUUUGAGACUACAAAAUUAGUAGUGUCUGCUUUUUCAGACUACAAUGUGUCCGCUUUUUCAUUACAAAAUGUGGUCAUUGGGGAUAUGAUUGAAGGAUUGGGAUGA